AUGUCAUCUAUUGGUGCCCAAGUUAGAAAGGUGUCGACAGCUGUCGAUCCAAUUGUCACCGACUAUGCAGUUGGUUACUUCAAUCAUUUAUCAAAGGUUACUUAUGAUGCUGUUCAAAGUAAGCAAUUAGAUUUACUUAUGGAAGUGGAGUUUGUUAGUACCUUAUUGGUUGAUGCUGGUGCUAAGAAAGAUAAUAUUGACACUUUGGCUAAAAAUAUUCUUGAUCAAUUAAGCAUUCAAUUGAAAGAAAAUCAAGCCAAAAUGGAGAUCACUGGUGAUACUUCUAAGAGAUUAUUAGAUGUUAACAUUCUUAAGAGCCAUAACGAGAAAGAAAAUAUCAAUGCCUCUUUGAAUGGACUGGGUGUUAAUGGUUCGGAUAUUGAACACACUGGUAGAAAGAUGGAAACCAGAGUCGAUUUAAAGAAAUUAGCUAAAGCUGAACAAAAAAUUGCUAAGAAAGUUGCCAAGAGAAAUAAUAAAUUUGUUCAAUAUGAGGCUUCUAAAUUGAUUGAUGAACAACAGAACGAUGAUUAUGAUUCUUUCUUCUUAAAGAUUAACCCAUUGGAAUUCGGUUCUGCAGCAGGUAAAUCUAAGGAUAUUAAGCUUGAUCGUUUCGAUUUGUAUGUUGGUGAUGGUCAAAGAAUUCUAUCUGAUGCUCAAUUGACUUUAAGUUUUGGUCAUAGAUAUGGUCUUGUAGGUCAAAAUGGUAUCGGUAAAUCUACUCUAUUGAGAGCAUUAUCUAGAAGAGAACUAAACGUUCCAAAGCAUAUUUCGAUUUUGCAUGUUGAGCAAGAAUUAAGAGGUGAUGAAACUCUGGCAUUACAAAGUGUUUUGGAUGCAGAUGUGUGGAGAAAACAAUUAAUUAGUGAGGAGGCUAAAAUUAAUGAAAGAUUAAAGGAAAUUGAAUCUCUUAGAGGAGAAUUUGAGCCUGAAAGUUUAGAAAUAAAGAAAUUAGACAAUGAGCGUGAAGAUUUGGAAAACCAUUUAUUACAAAUUGAUGAAAAAUUAGUUGAAAUGGAAUCUGAUAAAGCUGAAGCUAGAGCUGCCUCUAUUUUGUAUGGGUUGGGUUUCAGUACUGAAGCUCAACAAAAGCCAACAAAUUCGUUCUCCGGUGGUUGGAGAAUGAGAUUAUCAUUGGCUAGAGCCUUGUUCUGUGAACCUGAUUUGUUAUUACUGGAUGAACCUUCAAAUAUGUUGGAUGUUCCAUCUAUUGCCUACCUAUCUGAAUAUCUAAAAACUUAUCCAUCUACUGUUCUAACUGUUUCUCACGAUCGAGCAUUCUUGAACGAAGUCGCCACUGAUAUUAUCUAUCAACAUAAUGAAAGACUUGAUUACUACAGAGGUCAAAACUUUGAUUCCUUCUACACUACCAAGGAAGAACGUAAUAAAACUGCUCAAAAAGAAUAUGAAAAUCAAAUGGCAUACAGAAAGCAUUUACAAGAAUUUAUUGAUAAAUAUAGAUACAAUGCUGCUAAAUCUCAAGAAGCUCAGUCUAGAAUUAAGAAACUAGAGAAAUUACCUGUGCUGGAACCACCAGAACAAGAAAAAACAAUUAAUUUCCAUUUUCCAGAUUGUGAGAAAUUGUCUCCUCCUAUUAUUCAAUUACAAGAUGUUUCGUUUGGUUACGAUGAAAAGAGUUUAUUAUUAAAGGAUGUUAAUCUCGAUGUUCAAAUGGACUCUAGAAUUGCAUUGGUUGGUGCCAACGGUUGUGGUAAGACCACUCUAUUGAAGGUGAUGAUGGAACAACUGAGACCAAUAAAGGGUUUCGUAUCCAGAAACGGAAGAUUAAGAAUAGGUUACUUCACCCAACAUCAUGUCGAUUCCAUGGAUUUGAAUAGUUCUGCUGUUGACUGGAUGUCUCAGAAAUACCCAGGUAAAACUGAUGAAGAAUAUAGACGUCAUCUUGGUUCUUUUGGUAUUACAGGUACCUUAGGUUUGCAAAAAAUGCAACUAUUGUCAGGUGGUCAGAAAUCUCGUGUUGCAUUUGCAGCUUUAUGUUUGAAUAACCCUCAUAUAUUGGUUCUGGACGAACCUUCCAAUCACUUGGAUACUACCGGUUUGGAGGCAUUAGUAGAUGCUUUGAAGAACUUUACUGGUGGUGUUCUAAUGGUUUCGCAUGAUAUUUCUAUUAUCGAUAAUGUCUGUAAAGAAAUCUGGGUAUCUGAAAAUGGUACUGUGAAUAGAUUCAGUGGUACCAUUUACGAUUACAGAGACUAUAUUAUUUCAUCUGCAAAUGAAGCUGGUGUUGUCAAAAAGCAUUAG